CAACAACCUUCACUGUCAUCCCCUUCACCAAUCGCCCACUAUAUUUUGGAGUCACUGGAGGGCUAUCCGCAAAAAUUAUGUUCUUCGAGAUUGAACUCGGUCAAUUUCUGGCUUUCCAGCCGUGCUUGGUUUGUGCCUGUGGCUGGGUAUAUCAUAUUUUCCGUCGCCGUUUGUAACGAGCGCCAAGCUCACGGUCCUAAUCUAUCUUCGGAGUUUGCAGACGAGCUGGAGUGAUCUGCAUUGAAACAUAUUUCUCCAUAGUACUCGUGGUCUACAGAUGACCACGCCGCCAAAUCAUCCAAUCUAUCUGAUAUUAAGUUGAGAACCUGGGGAUCUUUGCAGCUCGGCAGAUCGGCAACUUGGCUCCCUUGUCUGCGCUGGGCCUUACUGUAGCCCCUUUUCAUUCCGACAGGUGGAAAAAUCUCGACUCCAGCGAGUACAUACAAAGAAGCUUGAAGAUAUGGAUUUGAGUAUAAAGCUAAGAUCAGCGUUCGCAGGGACUUUGUUUAAAUCGCACUCGACGAUCCCCAACAAUACCCUGUCUUCUCUAGGAUCCCUUUCUUGAUAUUCCUCACUCGGAAACCAUGUGGCACUACGCUGUGUUAGCCCUCCUACCCGUGGCCCUGGGCUGCACAAACCCGGACACCGACCCCUGCGCAUCUUAUAUGGAAGCUCAACCAGCAACUGCUUCUAAAUUCUGCGCUACUUUUACGCAAAGUGUCGUUACUGCCACCACGGGAUUGCCAGCAUGGGCUAGUAACUGUAACAACAAGCCCAGCGCUAUCUCCAAGGAGUGCUCCUGCUACUUUACUGGGGGAGGAAGCACUCCAACGACGGUCAACCCACCGGGCACUACCUUGACAACUGUGACUAGCGACCCGACCCCAACUGGUUCAAACGAUUGCGGCGCAGCCCCUAUCAACGGGCUUGUCGGUUACGGUGCUGGCGUCACUGGAGGUGGCAGCGGUAGCGGAACUACUGUUACUUCUUGCUCAGCUCUUUCCUCCGCCAUUAGCGGUGGUGGUGUCAUCAAGAUCUCUGGGAUUCUGACAGGCUGUGGAGUUCUCGACCUGGCCGGCAGCACGACAGUCAUUGGAGUCGGUGCCAACUCUGGAUUGACGGAUGGUGGCUUCAGACUCAAGAAAAUUAGCAAUGUCAUUCUACGCAACCUGAAGUUCCACGACCCUCCAAAGGGCGCCGAUUUGGUUGCCCUCGAUGUUGCCACCAAGGUCUGGGUUGACCACUGUGAUUUCUCCACUGUCGGCCUCACUGGCGACAAAGACUACUAUGAUGGUCUGCUAGACAUCACCCAUGCUAGCGACUACGUUACCGUAUCGUGGAGCAAGUUCCACGACCACUGGAAGGGGUCUCUCAUCGGUCACUCCGAUAGCAACGGUUCCGAGGACACCGGCCACCUCCGUGUUACUUUCCACCACAACCACUUUACCAACGUCAACUCCCGACUGCCAUCCAUCAGAUUCGGUACUGCUCACAUCUACAGCUCUUGCUUCGAGAACAACCCGACCUCUGGAAUCAACUCUCGCAUGGGCGCUCAGGUCCUUGUCGAGCAGUCCUACUUCUUAAACACCAAGCUUGCUAUCACAACCAACUUGGACAGCGACGAAGAGGGCUACGCCGUUUCGAAGAACAACAUUUUCGUGGGCAGCACGACUGAUAUUACCAAGACUGGCUCUCUUUCACCACCAUACAGCUACGUCCUCGACCCAGCUUCGUGCAUUUGCGAUUUGGUAAAGUCAAAGGCUGGCACUGGCGUCGUUGCCUAAAGAUUUGUGGGAAAAUAUUGAAAUAUCCUUCUGUUUUUUGUGUGAUUGCUCAGCAAUUUCAACUAUUUGUUCCAAUACGUGCUUGCACUUGGGUUCACUUAGUUAGACGUUACAACAAUAUCCAGGUGAUGGGAUAUGGAAAAUAUGAAAUAUGAUUAAGAUUAGAC